AUGGAACCUUCCUCCUCUACGCCCAUCCCAAAGUUCCAGCUAAGAGAGAUCAUUUUGUCAAACUACAUAACAUCUCAAGAACUCAGUCUUGAGCUUCCCACCUUCCUUCACUACCAAUAUGACUUGAGAAUUGUAGAUCUUUCUGGAAACAAUUUCAGUGGAACAUUUCCGGUUUGGUUGUUAGAAAACAAUACGAAGUUAGGGGAGUUCACCUUGAAUGGUAAUUCUUUUAAAGGUCAUCUCAGAUUACCAUCAGUUCCUAAUUCUAAUUUAGCUUCAUUUGACAUAUCUGAUAACAAGUUACAAGAUCUGUCAGACAAUCAAUUGUCUGGAAGAGUACCGGAAGAGUUGAUCAUGAAAAGGUGGUUGUUCGGCUUGAGACUAUCAAAUAACAACCUCAGCGGAAAUGCAGUUCCUGCGAUUCUCAAAUCAAAUUGUUUGUCAAAUUUAUAUUUGGAUGGAAAUAAUUUUUCUGGAGAGAUGGUCAACGUUGAUGUCUAUACUUUUCAGUUUCCAACUUCACUGGAGGAAAUUGAUCUCAGUAAUAACAAGUUGUAUGGAAAGCUCCCAAGAUGGAUGGGGAACUUGUCAGAUUUGCGGAGAUUGGCUUUGUCUAACAACAGUUUUGAGGGUUCUAUUCCAAUAGAGUUUUGCAGAUUGAAUGGCUUGGAAUUUUUGGAUCUUUCUCGAAACAAUUUAUCUGGCUCUAUACCAUCCUGCGUCAAUCCUCCAGACAUAGAGCAUGUCCACCUUCAUGGGAAUAGACUGAGCGGUACAUUGUCACUUGCUUUUUAUAAUAGCUCUUCACUUGUGACAUUAGAUCUUGGAGAAAACAAUUUAACCGGUAGGAUUCCGAAAUGGAUUGACACUCUUUCUUCUUUGAGUGUCCUUCUGUUAAGAGCUAAUCAUUUACAAGGUGAAAUUCCAGUUCAAUUAUGCAAUUUGAAUUCCUUGAGCAUUAUUGAUCUUUCUCAAAAUAUGUUUUCUGGCUCUAUACCUUCUUGUUUGGGAAAUUUAACUUUACAAACGCAAGAGAAAAAGAUCAUACAACAUGAGGAAGUGAUAGAUCUUGCAACAGAGGGUGGAACGACAAUAAAGCAUGCCUUAGCCGACAGCUACAUUGAAGAACGGAUAGAUUUCAGAACAAAGAGUUCGUUCUACUCGUAUGGGGGUAACAUUCUUAAGUACAUGACCGGGAUUGAUUUAUCUUGCAACAAGUUAACUGGUCAGAUCUCACUCGAAUUAGGAAACUUGAGUGAAAUCUAUUCUUUAAACUUGUCACACAACAACUUGUUGGUGGAGUUGAACAAUUUGGAGGUUUUCAGCGUGGCAUACAACAACUUGUCAGGCAGUAUUCCAGAAUCGAAAGCUCAAUUUGGUACCUUCAUUGAAAACAGUUAUGAGGGGAACCCUUUUCUCUGUGGACCUUUACUGAAUAAAAGUUGCUCUAAAGCCGAUGCACCAUCAACAGAGUCAAUUCCGUAG